CACGUGGGGCCGCCCUCACGUCUCGGCGCUGGCGGCGCGGCGGCCGCGGCACAGCUCAGUAGGGCGUUACGCGCGGUCCCCGCGCAUCGCCCGCGCCGCUGCGGCCAGGAGCCCAGCCCAGCCCAGCCCAGCCAAGCUCAGCCCAGCCCGGCCGAGCCCAGCCCAGCCGGCGGGAAGAGAGCAGCAGCCUGCUGUAUCUGUGAUCUACAAUGAAUGCCAAAUCUGCAAUCAGCAAAGAAAUUUUUGCCCCACAUGAUGAAAGGAUGCUGGGAGCAGUCCAAGUGAAAAGAAGAACAAAAAAAAAGAUUCCUUUCCUAGCUACUGGGGGUCAGGGUGAAUAUUUAACAUACAUCUGCCUGUCAGUGACGAACAAGAAACCAGCUCAAGCAUCUAUUACGAAGGUGAAGCAAUUUGAAGGCUCUACAUCUUUUGUCAGGAGAACACAAUGGAUGCUCGAGCAGCUUCGCCAGGUCAAUGGUAUAGACCCUAAUCGGGAUUCCCCAGAAUUUGAUUUACUCUUUGAAAAUGCUUUUGACCAAUGGGUAGCAAGCACAGCUUCAGAAAAAUGCACAUUCUUUCAGGUUCUACAUCACACUUGUCAGCGAUACCUUACAGACAAGAAGCCAGAAUUUAUCAACUGCCAGUCUAAAAUUAUGGGAGGAAACAGCAUACUCCAUUCAGCAGCAGACAGUGUCACAAGUGCAGUACAGAAGGCAAGUCAGGCUUUGAAUGAGCGUGGUGAAAGGCUAGGUCGAGCAGAAGAAAAGACAGAGGAGCUGAAAAACAGCGCUCAGCAGUUUGCAGAGACAGCACACAAGCUUGCCAUGAAACACAAAUGCUGAGAUACUGCCCAAAGUUGAAGUCUUCCCGAAAGGAACUGAAAAGGCUACAUGCAGCAACUUUUACAGGAGAUCCAAACUUCUGUGUGCUUUUUCCUUCCAGUUCAGUGGAGAUGCAUUCUUUCAGUUUAUGUGCAGGAAAAAGUGUUGCAUUUCUACCUUUUUGACUUACUUUUUGUUCCUCUUUUGUAACACUGCUACACAGUCCUGCAGUACUUUCUACCUGUAUUUCAGUUGUUACAGGAAUGAAAGCAAGCAGGGGAACUGGACCAAAUGACAAGCUGAUCAGGAUUAAAAUAGUAAUAUCCUUCCCCAGUUGUACAGAAAAUUGUUUAACUGGUUGUGGACAUACGUGUGGAAAUGAAGUCCAAAGAAGGGGUGUAUGUUUCUUCAUUUUAUGUAGCAUCAGCAGAAUGUAAAUGUUGGAAUUAAACACCUGGGGUUGUAACAAUAGCGGAGAAUAGACUGCUUUGUCCUGGGGAACAGAAAAACUUCUUUUUUCUACCCAACGUAGAGGUUUUGCAUGUGCCAUCACCAGCAUUCAGAAGUGCGUAUCUGAAUUUCAUAGGAGAAUCUGUUACCAGUGCUGCAUUUUGAAUAUGCCUAUUUUCCCUUCCGGAUUGCUUAUUUGAAUAGUAUCAUGAAACCUACAGAAUGUAUGCUUGAGGUUUCAAAAUUGAGGAAAAAGGUGAUUUUUACAUCUAUACAUACAUAGCUGUGCCUCAAACGCAAUCCAGAAGUUAGCAAUCUAGUAUAAAAUAACAUUUCAUUUUCUUUUUACCUGUGAUUCUGUGGCUAAAGGCCUAUGUAAAUGAGAAUGCAAAGGCCUGGGAAAAUGAGAAUGCACUAUUUUCAGUGUCAUCUGUUGUUUCUUAAAUUCUACCAUAAGAAUUUUUGGGAACAUUUCAGAAAUCUGAUUAGAAUGGCUUUUGUGUUAGCUAGUAGUCUGAUUUUUAAAAUAGAACCUUUCAAAAAAGCAUGUCAUGGUACAUUAGAACCAUAACUUCUAGUUUGGGUCUCAGUUUUCAAUAUAUAUUAUCACUGUAAGGGCGACUCCCUACUUUAUUCUCUAUUCACUAUAUGCAAUAUAUGCACUGUAUUCUCUUACAAAAAUAAGUGGGUUACUCUUUCUUUCACAGCUGUUUUCUUAACAUUUUUAAGGUGUUCUAAUGUGCUUCUUGAAUGAAGAAAAAAAAAAAGAUGCUGCACUUUUUUAAAAAACAAAACAAACGGUAAACUAGAAACAGAAAUUGUAGCAGAAGUUUCAGCCUUCGUCUUCUGAAGAUGCCUGCUCUUCAUUUUUGUUCUCGUUUUGCCGGAGAGCCAGAAAGCUGGCAUUAGGUGAAUGUACUGUAGUUUUCAUUUUCCAUGUAGAAUAAGAUUUUUGCAUUAUUAAUGACACUUUAAACAGUCUAAAAUCCUCAAAGCAGUGCUUGUAAAGAGAUAAAAGCUUCGGCAGUGACUGAGAAUAUUUUAGUUACUGCAAGCUGAAGUAACUGAAAAUCUCUUGGAAAUACCCAUUUUGUAAAAAGAUGCUUGGCUUUAGGGAAAAAUUGUAAUUUGAACUAAGGACACUAUCUAGUUAAGUGAUUGCAUUCAAACUUUACAUGUGGUUUGUUUUUUUUCUCCUGUAAUUUCAACUGUUUUGUAUGAAGCUUUCUAUUUAAUUUCACACUGGGAAUUGAAAGAAGGUAGAUUUGUCAUCUGUGUAGCACCAUACGAUCAUUUACAUCUAUUUAGCAUCAGCUCUAGCAGCUACGACAUCCAGCACCAUCGACUGAAAGGGAAUUUGGCCACUUCUGUUAUAAAUCAGAGCAGACUCAUUAACGGCAUGAGUUCUGAACACUCCGUUGAGCUAUGUACAAUUAAUGCCUGCCCUGGAAAUGUCAGUAGCUUUCCAAGCACUAUUUUAAUGACUGUGGGUAUUUCUGCAAAUUAACCGGGAAAACAGUCCCUCGUUAGAAAUUAAACUUCUGCUACAGACAAGAUGUUGGGCCUUUUUUUUUAAAAAUAGCUGCAUUAGAAAUCAGUCAGGGAAUACAUUUUUGCCCACAUAGCUAUCUUCUGUCAUCAUCUUUUCCACUCUAACUGUAUUCUGCUGCUAACCUCAAGUCUUUCUCUCGAGAGAAAGAAGGAAUACGUUUUGAACUGCUGCCAUCUAGCUGGUCUUCCAAGCUUGUCAGUAAUUUAGAAGAAAUGUCUAAAACCCAGAUCAGAUAAACCUGAAAAGAAUUAGUUAUCUAAAUUCAGAUAAAAAGGCGUAGGUUUUCAGGUGUUUACAUGAAUAUCAGCUGGGCAGGACAAGGUCACAGUUGCACUGCUAAGUUCCAGACCUCUUGUGAAUUGAACUGUUCUAAAACAUUACUUUAGUCCCGUGGACAGUUUCAGCAUUUAUUUUUUUUACUAUCCUCCAGUUAAGUGUAUUAUGUUAUGUAUCAUAACUCAGGACUUCUAUCCAGCCAUCAAAAGCCAUUUACUAUGGGAAUUCUAAGUAACCUGGUGUUAUUGAGUGAAGGAAAAGCAGUUUGUCUCUGUGUUUACUUUGUUCUUGCUGUUCAUUAAACUUCAAGAUUUGGUAGUUUUUAGGAAAAAAAAAAAAUCGGAGGUGUAUAAAUGUCUAUCCAAAGGUAAAUCUUAUAGCAUUGCAAUUUCCUUCUGGAACUUAGCUUGUAGUG